AUGUUAGCAUAUGGUGUGGCGGUCGAUGCGGUCGAUGAAUACAUUAAAAUAGGAGGUACAACAACAUUAGAGUGCUUGUGUAGAUUUUGUAAAGGAAUCAUACAAUUGUAUGAGCCAAUGUAUCUCAGAGCCCCAACUCAAGAUGACCUGCAAAGAAUACUACAUGUUCGUGAAAUGUGGGGGUUCUCGGGGAUGAUUGAGAGUAUUGAUUGCAUGCACUGGGAAUGGAAAAAUUGUCCUACAACAUGGGAAGGUCAAUUUACCCGGGGAGAUAAGGGAACCACCACUGUUAUUCUUGAAGCAGUUACAACUUAUGAUCUAUGGAUUUGGCAUGUCUUCUUUGGAUGUCCGGGCACAUUGAAUGAUAUAAACGUUCUAGACCGUUCACCUGUGUUUGAUGAUGUUGAAUAG